AUGGCCUGGGUACCCCUCUUCGCAGAAACUACUGACUCAGAACCCCAGAAAAGGACAGUGGUUCUCAACCUCGGCUACACGUUCGAAUCCCCUGGGGAGUGUUUAAGAAAUUGGGAUGCCCUGCCGGACCCGCAGAGUUUGAAGCUGUUGGACUGGUGCCGGGGUAUGGAAGUGGACAUCCACAGGUCCCUGUUGGUCACGGGCAUCCCAGAGGACUGUGGUCAAGCAGAAAUUGAGGAGACCUUGCAUGGGGUCCUCUCCCCGCUGGGCCCGUACUUCGUGCUCAAUAAGAUUUUUCUGAGGGAAGAGAACGCCAAAGCUGCCCUAAUUGAGGUGGGAGAGGGUGUGAGUCUCAGGGCCGUACCCCGGGAGUUCCCAGCAAGGGGGGGCGUCUGGAGAGUGGUUUGUAGAGACCCCACCCAGGAUGCUGAGUUUUUAAAAAAUCUGAAUGAGUUCUUAGAUGCCGAGGGGCGCACAUGGGAGGAUGUGGUCCGCCUGCUCCAGCUCAGCCACCCCCCACGGCCCCAGAAUCAGCGUCCGGAGAACUGGGCAGAAGCUUUGGGGGUGCUCCUGGGGACAGUGGUGCAAAUCGUCUUCUACAUGGAUGCCGAGAUCCGCAGCCGCGAGGAAGUGAGGGCGCAAGAGGUGACUGAUGCCCAGGCCGUGGCAGCUUCAGCUUCAGCAUCACGGAGGAAGGUCAAGAAGGAGCCAGGAUGGGCUGCAGAAGUAGGGUCUGCUUUGAAGACGGAGAAUCCCGACAGCUGGCAUGACAUGGAAGACGAAGGUGACCCCCCCAAACCUCUGGUUCGCAGAGCUGGAGCUAAAAGUCGCUCCAGGAGAAAGAAGCAGAAAAAAAACCCCAAGCAAGAGUCAGUGGCCUGGAAGAAACCCAAAGGCCACCAUUCCAAGAGCUCAGCCGCCUUGGAGGGUCCUGAGGCCAAUGGCGCGGAAAAUAUGGAGGCCUCAGAAGCUAUCAGGAGCAACAGAAAGCCCUGUGUGAAGCAGGAGGAGUCGGCUUUGAAGAAGCCUGCGGGCAAAUGUGCCUGGAAGGCUCCCAGCAAGCCAUCCCGUGAUGCCCAGUCAGAAGCUGUGAGUCCCGGAAUUGCUUCCGGGUCAGACCAAGAUGGCGGUCAGGAAGGCCCACCAAAGAAGAAGGCCGUGGGCUGGGCCUUGGCAAAGAGCCCUGCCCCCAUGAGAAAGAAAAAGAAGAACCCAGAAAGCUUUGAUUUGGAGGACCACCCGUAG